AUGAUCCCCAGCGCAGGCCCCCGGGGCUGCUGCCUGCUCAUGCUGCUCUGCCUUCUCCCCUGCCCGUGGGUCUGGGCAGGCAGGGAUGCCGCGGGACCGGCGCUCUCCGCAGCCUCCUUCCUGCAGGAUCUCCUUCAGCGAUACAGCGAGAGCGAAACCCUGAGCCUGAAGCAGCUCAAGGCCCUGCUGAACCGCCUGGAUGUGGGAGUGGGACACGCCAACGUCUCCCAGCCGCCAGAGCAGCGGGUGAACCUCUCCCGGUGCUUCAGCUCCGUCGAGCUUUUUGCCAUCCACAACCUGAGUGAGGGCUCUGCCGUGGGGCACAGCGAGUUCAAGGAGUUUUGCCCCACCAUCCUGCAGCAGCUGGAGUCUGGGGCGUGCGCCUCCGAGAACCUGGAAAACGAGGAAAAUGAGCAGACGGAGGAGAGCAGACCCAGCUCGGCCGAAGUGUGGGGCUUUGGUUUUCUCAGUGUGUCGAUGAUUAACGUGGCCUCCCUGCUCGGAGUCUUCAUCGUACCGUGUACCGAGAAGGCCUUUUUCAGGCGGGUCCUCACGUUUUUCAUCGCGCUCUCCAUCGGCACGCUGCUCUCUAACGCGCUCUUCCAGCUCAUCCCAGAGGCAUUUGGAUUCAACCCUCAAGAAGCUUAUUACAUUUCCAAAUCUGCCGUGGUGUUCGGGGGCUUCUACCUCUUCUUCUUCACAGAGAAGGUCCUGAAGAUGCUCCUGAAGCAGAAGGACCAGCAUCACCACGGGCACAGCCACUAUGGCCCUGAGGCUCUGCCGUCCAAGAAGGACCAGGAGGAGGGGGUCACCGAGAAGCUGCAGAAUGGGGACCUGGACCACAUGAUCCCACACAUAACCAGCGAGCUGGAGUGCAAGACCCCCUCCGGGGAUGAGAAGGUUGUGGUGGGCUCCCUCUCUGUCCAGGACCUGCAGGCCUCCCAGAGCGCCUGUUACUGGCUGAAGGAAGUGCGGUACUCCGACAUCGGCACACUGGCGUGGAUGAUCACCCUCAGCGACGGCCUCCACAACUUCAUCGACGGGUUGGCCAUCGGGGCCUCCUUCACCGUCUCCGUCUUCCAAGGGAUCAGCACCUCCGUGGCCAUCCUCUGCGAGGAGUUCCCGCACGAGCUGGGGGACUUUGUCAUCCUGCUGAACGCCGGGAUGACCAUCCGCCAGGCGCUCUUCUUCAACUUCAUCUCCGCCUGCUGCUGCUACGUGGGCUUGGCCUUUGGCAUCGUGGCCGGCAGCCACUUCUCUGCCAACUGGAUCUUCGCUCUGGCCGGAGGGAUGUUUCUGUACAUAGCGCUGGCUGACAUGUUCCCCGAAAUGAAUGAGGUCAGCCGGGAGGACGAGCAGAACGGCAGCGCGCUGAUCACCUUUGCCAUCCAGAACGCGGGGCUGCUGACGGGGUUCACCAUCAUGGUGCUGCUCACCAUGUACUCUGGCCAGAUCCAGAUAGGGUAGGACCAGCCC